GGCAGGAGUUGGUUGCAACUUGCUGGCAUGUUCUUUUUCGUCCUUGGGAACCUGUGUGAGAAUUGUUAAAAAAUGCUAGCCUUGAAGGUGCUCCAUUACACCUUGUUUUUUUAAAAAAUAAAAUCCUGCUUGGGUUCUGUUUGUCUUCAAUUCUACCUCCUGACAACUAUGCAAAACUCCCUGUCUAAAGCUCUCCUCCCUCUGUGUGUGGGGGGUGUGGGUGUGCGGAAAAAGAAAAUAAAGUGAAGGCCAGAAAAUGGGGGGAUGUGAGGGAUGGCGCCUAGUGAUUGAGGUGCAUUCCUGAUUCUAGGGCAAGGGGGUAUAACUGUAGACUGUCAUGGCAUCUGGGUGAUUGAAGUGCAACCCUGUCAAUUGGAAGGACAGCAGCUCAGCUCCAAGUCUGCAGCCAGAGCCCAGCCAUGCUGAAACCUUUCUCAAAUGAUGCCUAUAAUUUCUCUUCCAAAGAAGUCCGGCAGUUGCUGCACAACAAAUCUGUCGUGAUCUUAGGUGACUCCAAUCAUCGAGCGAUCUAUAAAGAUAUGAUCUGCUUUCUCCAGGGCGACGAACUGCUAACCGAGAAGGAGCUAAAAACCAAAUUGCAGGGCAUCGAAAGUUUCCGGAACGACCGUGUCGUAGAAGGGGGUAACUUGCACAACGAGACCACUUAUCGAGAGGUGCGUGAGUACAGAAUCGAACACCACCUUGUGCGCCUGUAUUUCAUCACCCGCGCAUAUAACCAGUACAUGGAGAGGAUUUUGGACGACUUCAGGACUGGUGAACCACCGGAUGUCCUUAUUAUCAAUUCCUGUGUCUGGGACCUCAAUAGAUACGUCGUCAAUUAUUCUUGCGACGAUCGGCUGAAGAAGCCCUUCAUGGAUUACCGGAAGAACCUUCAAAAACUCUUCUCGCAGCUGAAUGACAUCCUGCCACCAUCUUGCCUCAUCAUUUGGAACACAGCCAUGCCACUCGGCCACAACGUCACCGGAGGGUUCCUUGAAAAGGGGAGGAAGAACAUAGCGACUACCGGGGACGUGCUGAAGGCCAACUUCGAAGCCGCCACCCUCGCCUGCUGCUACCAGUUUGACGUUCUGGACUUGAACUUCUACUUCCGCUUCUUCAUGGACCUGCAGGCUAAAGACGGGAUCCACUGGAACCAGUUUGCGCACCGCCGCAUCACCAAACUGUUGCUGACCCACGUGGCCGACGCCUGGGGAGUCGAGCUCAAAAGUAAAAUCCCCCUAAAGGGAAUAGCAUGGAAUGGAAAUGCAACAUACCAGCACCGUUCACCUCAAUACCCGCCGGUUCCUCCUGAACGUCAGAGAUAUCCACAACUCACGGAUGCCAACGGCUUCCCCUUUACUUGGUGCAAUUCCAGUCACGAUCCCAACUUCCAACGUGCCCCCUUUUCUGACUGUGAGAACUUCUCUGAAGAGCCCCCUGCUCACCUGGAAGAAAUGCAGAACGGCCGUUUCUAUGGACCUGUUGAUCAUGUGCCUGUCAGGGAGUUGGGUCCUCCCUCUCUUUUCCCUGUUGGUCAUGCACCUGUCAGGGAGUUGGGUCCUCCUUUCCCUGUUGAUUAUGGGCCUGGCAGGGAGUGGGGGGUCUCCCAUGCUGAUUAUAUGCCUAAUGGAGGACAGGGGGGGUACCCUCCCCUCCCGUCAAGGUCACCUCGAGGUUUCCGGGGUAGGCGCCGUAAUCGCCGCGUAAUCGCCAGUUUCGAUAGGAACCUCUACAGCCCGUACCCUCGCCCUUGUGAUCGAACUAGAGGCCAUCCGCUCUUUGGGGCACCCCCCUACACCGGAUAUAGAGGCCGGUAGCCCCGCCUACCCAUGGCUCAGUGUUGCUUGAAUUUUCUCUCCUGUGGAGUUGGGUAGGGGGCAAACAUGAUGGGACCAAACUUCUUUGGGGGUGUCUUUUGGGCACACAAUGGAAACUGUGAAGUCCGGGCUCCUGGACCAGAGGUGUGUGUUGAGGGGGGGGGGGGGGCCGUGUUCUAAAUGGGGUUCAACCAUUCCUGAGGGGCCACAUUUGGGCAUCUUUACUCCUCUUUGGAAGAACACGCUGUCUUCAUAACCCAGGUGUCCAAUGAGAGCAGCACACAAUCGUGGUGUGAAGUGCCAUGUGGGUUCCCCUCCCCCAACUAAUUUAGCAUCAUUUUAAAUGCUAAUUAUUCUUGGGUUUUCCUGCUUAUAUGAGCCUUUCCCCUCCCCAUAAUGUACACGCAACCCAAUGCUUGCUGCUUUCCUUUUUCUGGGGAACUUUACUUUGAAAGUAUUGAUUUUUGAAGAUGGCUCAACUUGGACCGAAAGAGGAGCUCCCAUUCUGUGAAUAUGAUUCAGUUCAUUGUGUGUGCGAGAGAGAUGUGAGCAUGGUAUAGCCCGGGGUGUCCAACUCUGGCGCUUCAGAUGUUCAUGGACUACAAUUCCCAUCAGCCCUGCCAGCAGUCCUUGAACAUCUGGAGCGCCAGAGUUGGACACCUCUGGUCUAGCCCAUCCAGCUAUGGCUUCCAUGAAAAUAAAAGCGACGACCUUCUAGGAGUGUGCCAUGUGGCAUCUCUAUGGCUGGUCCUUCCAGUUGAACCUCCUGUGUGGACUGGCCAGUCCGUAGGCAAGAAAAUCGCCCUCCCAGAAGUGCCUGAAUGUCGUCUUUUCACUUUUAGUUUGCCUUCUUUGCAGAACACCAAAGUAUUAUGGACCUAGUAUUUUACAUAAACAACCUCUGACUCUUUGCAGGUAGGGGAGGGGAAAAGCCCACUGCUAGGAACAAAAGUUGUUGCCUUAAUGUAUUUGUUUUUAAAUGUAGCUUUAAAAUUCCUAAGAGAGUCUGAUCUUAUAAUGCCAGCUGGUGGCACGCUCUGGCACACAGCUGGAUUCUGUGGGGGAGAUGGAGUGCAUUCUCUUUGAAAAGACUGUUGAGAAAAGAUAUCUGUAAUAUUUUAAAGACGUGUUGAAUGUAAGAAUAAAGGAUUUAAAGAA